ACUUUUAUUGUGAAGCGCGCCUUCAUGUUCCGGUCUGUUGCUGUGCUCUGGAGACGCGCCUCGGAUUUUAAACUUUCUGUUUAAAAUUCAGAAAAUCCUCUGAAAUCAUUAAAUAUUCGAGACCUGAAGCUGUACAAUCACACAAUGAUUUUAAAACCGAUUUUUAAAUGAGGCCGUGGGAUCCGAGAGCAGGUGAGGAUUAAACUAAUCGCGUUAAAUAAUCAGUUAUUAUUAUUAAAAUGAUUGUAUUUGAUCAUUAACAAGCGCGACACUCACUUUUUAACUUUGUGUUUACUGAUGAUUUGUUUUUAUAUAUUUUUAUGUAACGUUAGUCGUUUAAUGUAUUUGUUCAGGCUUGUAUUUUAAUUAGACCGAUCUUAACUAAAGCCCUUUUUAUAUGUUUUGACAUGGUUAUUAUUAUCAAAGAACAGCGAUUCGACCGUGUUUCUGAGGUGAACACAAACCGCUCGCUGUCGAUAUUAUGAAGGGUGAAUUUAAUAAGCAGUUAUUUUAUCGGUAAUAACGUUAUUUGCGUGAUGUGGUGUGUUUGUGAAAUUUAAAUUUGAAGUAAUUUAGUGAAAUCAAUUGAAGGCCAGUAGCCGCUCCAGUGCGCGCUCUUGUCACGCCGCCGUCACCAUGACGACCACGGGGCUGCGCAUCGGAGAUCAACUGGUGCUGGAGGAAGACUAUGAUGAGAACUACAUCCCUUCAGAGCAAGAGAUCCAUGAGUACGCGGUGGAGAUCGGUAUCGACCCCGAGCGUGAGCCUGAGCUGCUGUGGCUGGCCAGAGAGGGGAUGGUGGCACCGCUGCCGACCGAGUGGAAACCAUGUCAGGACGUCAGCGGUGAGGUGUACUACUUUAACUUCUCCACCGGUCAGUCCACCUGGGAUCAUCCGUGUGAUGAACACUACAGACAGCUGGUGGAGCAGGAGCGCGAGCGCAACCAACACGCCACAGCCCCCAGCGCCCUGAAGAGAGACAAAGACAAGAAGAAGAAGAAGGACAAGAAAGACAAGAAGAAGGACAAGAGGAAAGAGCUGGAGGAAGUCAGAGCUCCUGGGGUGUUGGCUCCUCUCGCUCCUCUCCGUGGUCUCUCUGAGGCUCCUGUCGCUCCUCUCAGAGGAUCUGGGCUCCAGCCGCUCAAAACCUCUCUCAGGGCUGCUGCUGUCAGGAGCGUUCAGGAGGAGAGGAGCGCUGAGGAAGACGAGGAGAUAUCUGAGGAAGAGAGGCCGCGGGACUCAGCCGGACUCCUGCAGAACCUCCAUCUGGAUCUGGACGCUCUGGGAUCGGGACUGCAGUACGAGGACAGUGAGGUCAGUGUGACGGUUCCUCCUGAAGAAAGAACAGAACCUGAACUACAGGAUUUGGCCCUGUCCAGGGAUCACAGUCCAGAAGCUCCUUCAGAGGACUCGUUGCGUGGACAUCACCUUUGUUCCACAGCAGCUUCACGACCUCUGACCCCAGUUGUUGCGGCAUCCAUCGGCCGAGAGGAAGACGAGCAGAUGAAGGAAAAGAAGAAACAGUCAGAUGAGGAAGAGACUGAGGAUGAUGAACAGAUUGAGAGAUUUAAUAGUCCUGAGGAGGAGGAGAGGACAGGAGAAGAGAAAGAUCAGGCUGGGAGUAAAGAUGAUGGAAACGUGGAAGAGCUAAUUGAAAGAGAAGAACCGGAUGAAACGCACAGACAGGACGGUAGAACUGAAAACAGAGAAGACGAGGCUGUGAGAAGUGUGUCCUGUGAGGAAGAGGAGGAGAGUGUUUCCGAGCAUGAGGAUGAGCAGAGAGAGAGAGCAGAGGUGUGUGAGAUCGAACACUUUCAGAAUAACCGCUCUCGUCCUCAAAUCACACGCAGUAAAGCAGGGAAGUCUCUGCCUCAGUGGAAUCCAGUGUCCAGUGAGGAGUCUGAGGAUGGUGGAGCAGCUGCGUCGCUCUCAUCCGCUGAUAAUGUACAGGCUGGUUUCCGCUCCAAACUCUCAGAGAAUGUGUUUGAUCUGCUGGAUCUGUCACCUGCAGUGGACAGGAAGGAAGUGAAGGGUGAGGCAUAUGUGGACCGCUGUGUGGACGUCUCUGAUUCUGCAGACCGACGUCUGCUUGAAAACGUGACGUUAGCUGAGACGCCGCCGUCACGCUACGCUGCUUCCACAUCCGCAGAUGACAUCAUCAGCACCUCAUCACAUGACCAGAGAUCUCCGCCCUCCCGCAGCAGAACCGACACCACUGACCGAGAGAAACAAGAACGAGAAGGGGACGAGAGGAAGAGACAAGAAGAGAGGGAGGAAGAGGAGAGGAAGAGACUGGAAGAGAGGGAGGAAGAGGAGAGGAAGAGACGAGAAGAGAGGGAGGAAGAGGAGAGGAGGAGACCGGAACGAGAAGGGGACGAGAGGAAGAGACGUGAAGAAAUGGAGGAAGAGGAGAGGAGACGGGAAGAGGAGAGGAAGAGACUGGAGGAGGAUGCAGAGAAACAGAUGGAGGAGGAGAGGGGCAGACUGAUGGAGGAGAUACAGAGGAGACUGCAGCUGCUCAGAGACGCUCUGAUGAAGGAUGAGGGGGAAGAGGAGCGCCGGAUGAAGGAGGAGAGCGCUGAGCAGCUCAGGGUUCUGAAGGAGCAGAUACUCCAAAAGAGACGAGACGAGGAGGAGCGGAUGAACAAGGAAAUGCACACACAACUACAACGGAUCAGGCUUGAGAAUGAGGUGAAGCUGCAGGAGCUGCGUUCAGAGCUGGAGGCGGAGCAGGAGAGGGUGGAGACUCAGAGGAGGCGGGACCUCGAGUGCCUGAGGGAGGAGUCAGAGGAGGAGCUCCGGGCAGAGAGGAGGCGGCUACAAGAGAAGAAGGAGGAGCAGCUGACCUCUAUCAGACUACAGCUCACAGAUGUGCUGCAGGAAGUCCGGGAGGAGGUCGAGAGAGAUCACCGGAGGAAACUAGAACAGCUGAAGGAGGAACAUCAACAGGAGCUACAGAACCUGAGAGAGAGACACCUGGAGCAGGAGAGCAGGGAGCGGGAGCAUCUGCUGGAUUCUCUUCAGAGGGAGAGAGACGCUGUGAUCUCCACACACACAACACAACUACACAAACUACAGCACACACUGGACACACAGCUGCAGGACACGCGCAGGACACACUCGCAGAAGGAGUCAGAGCUACAGGAGUGGAAGGAGAAGCUGGAGAAACAAACCAAAGAACUUCACACUCAGGAGACUGAACUUCAGUCAGAGGCAUCAGAUCUGAGGAAGAGGAGACAGCAGCUGUGUGAAGAAGAGGAGGACCUUCAGAGAGGAUUACAGUCUCUCCCUCUGCUGCUGAAGGAGCGUGACGAGCUGUGUGAGGAUCUGCGGAGAGAGAGACAGGAGCGAGAGCGACAGAGAGAGGAGAGCUGCAGGAUGAUGGAGGAGAGACAGCAGCUGGAGGAUAGAGUCACACUGCUGCAGGAGCGAUGUGAGCAGCUCACCUCCAGAGUCAGUGAACUGGAGCAGAGCAGCAGAGCGGAGCGACAUCAGCAGCAGGACGAGCAGAAGAAGAGCAAGAGAAAGACAGAGAACGGUCUGCGUUUGGAGGAUCUGGAGGCUCCACUGCUGCGGUCAGACGCCAGCGACACCAGCGUAGACGACGUGAGGCAGUACAUGUGGAAUGAGAGCGUGUCCCUCUUCAGGGCUCGUCAGUUUCUGGAGCGGCAGAGCGCUCACGCUGUGGACAGACAGGCAGCGCUGCGGGCGGCUCACAGCAGUCUGAAGGACCCCACGCCUGGGAGCUCAACACAACAGCAGCUCUACCACAACCUGCAGCAGGAGGUGAGGGAUCUGGCUGAGCUGAGAGAGACGCUUCAGAAGGGUCAAACACUCCUGAAAGAGAAAGAGGAGAAACUCAAUCAACUAGAAACAUCACUGACUGAUGAGGUGUCAUGUGAUGGUGCUGAGAGGUCAGCUGAUCGGAAAGUGACGUUUGAUGUGACCGAGUCCGAGAUGAGCAGUGUGUACAGCCCAGAAGGAACAGUUCCAGUGAAGGUGCAGCAGCUGGCCGACUCUCUGCAGCUGAUCUCAGGUCAGCUCAACUCUGUGUUAGGAGCUUUGGGUUCACUAACACACAAACAGACUCCGCCCCCUCUUACAACACCCCUGCUGCCCCGCCCCUCAUGGGCGUGGCCUACAACCCCUUCCCCCUCACUGGCCAACGGACUCUCAAACAGAGCCACAGACUCACUGCAGACGCGCUGGAGCGGCCUGAGCUCAGAAACCAGCAGAGCGCACAUGACCUACUCAGGAUACACACCACCAAGUCUGUCGAGUCUGCGUCCAUCAGAGGUCGAGGGUCAGCGGCUGCAGGGUCUUAUUGACGGAAACAAACGCUGGCUAGAGGCUCAACGGAAGAACCGCAACAUUCCUCUGUUCCCGGAGCUCAGAAGCGCGUCCAGCGGUGGAGGGUUAGUUCAGCUCAGCCUCGACGACAACAACCAGAUUAAAGUUCAUCAUUACUGAAGCAGCUUGAGCGAGCACACGCGUGUUUCUCAGGACAGCC